ACCGAAGCCGCCGACGACGACGGCCUCUCUGACGGACAUCAGCUUCCUCCGAUUUCCGGCAACUCCGUGCAGCGACUGCACCUCCUCCGGUGAACCAGCGGCUAGGCAGUGAGGAACCAACGAACAGCCUCCAAUAACAGCAACUCUAAUCCUUUUCUCCGGAACUCCUUCCGCAACGACGAAACCUUCGAUCGACUUCGAUCUUCUUUCGCCGGUGUUAGGGACGCGACGUUCGGCUCAGUCCAUGGUGCGAGAAUGGCCCGAGGUAACACCGCCACAAGGUAGAGGUCGGCGCGUCACUCUAAACCUCGACGCCACCGGAAUCGGCCAUCAGAAAGGGUUUGACACUCACCAGAAUCACUCGCCGGAACCUAUCGGUUUCUCUCCCUCUCCCUCAAGAACCACCACUCCCAAGGCUGUUUCCGACCGCGGCGACAAUCCUGUGUUCGAAGAACCGAUUAUCCGACAAACCAAGGAUCAUCCUGCAAGUUUCUGGAAUGAUGCUUUGUUUUCUGCCCCAAAUCAGGUAGACGAAACACAUACCAAAGCUGUCAUUGAAACACUGAAGGAGAAGGUGAGGAGAACGGUGAUGAACAAGGAAAGUAAAGCAAAGGAUAAGAUGAUUCUCAUCGACACAAUAGAGCGAUUAGGAUUGGCCUAUCACUUUGAGAAAGAGAUCGACGACCAGAUCGCACAGAUCUUCGAAUCUGAGAUGCAAAAUGAGGAUGAUAAAGACAGCGACCUUUUUUCGACUGCUCUGCAUUUUCGAUUGUUCAGACAACAUGGCUACAAUGCUCCUAGCGGCGUCUUCAAUAAAUUUACAAAUGAUGACGGCACAUUCAAGGAAGCCUUUUCGAAUGACAUCAAGGGUUUGCUGAGUUUGUAUGAAGCUACAUAUCUAAGGUAUCCAGGAGAACACAUCUUAAAAAAUGCCAAUCUCUUCGCAACCCGUAAUCUAAAGCAAGCCUUGCCACUAUUGGAAGCUCCUCUUAACGAGAAAGUAGCUCGAGCUCUAAUCCAACCACUUCAAUGGGGUGUUCCUAGAGUCGAAGCACAUUAUUACAUAUCAAUCUACGAAAAAGAAGAAUCCAAGAAUGAGUUGCUCUUAAAACUAGCUAAAUUAGAUUUCAACUUGGUACAGAAUCUAUAUAGAGAAGAGCUCUCUGAAUUCAUCAAGUGGUACAAUGGCUGGGACCUCAAGUCGAAACUUCCAUAUGUAAGAGACUGGCCGGUGGAAAUAUAUUUUUGUGCUAUGGUAUUCAUUUCUAGACCUCGAUACUCGCUUGGACGAUCACUUACUGCAAAAAACAUAAUCCUAAUGGCGCUAAUAGACGAUACGAGUGAUUGUUACGCGACACUUGAAGAAGCAAAAACCUUCUUGGAAGUUCUGCAAGAAAGGUGGGAUAUAAAAAAAAUCGGCAGGCUUCCACAUUAUAUGCAGAUUAUUUACGAAGUUGUCUUGAGUACCUAUGAAGAGUUUGAUCAGGAGUUGUCCAAACAAGGCAGAAGCUUCGCAGGUUCAUAUGCGAUGGAAGAACUAAAAUUUGCUAUUAGGAGUUACCUUACAAGAGCCAAGUGGUAUGUGGGAGGUGAGACACCAACAUUUCAAGAGAGUAUUUCCAAUGCUUGCGUAGACAGUGUAACCCCGGUAACAUUGUCAUCUUGCAUGAUGGGUAUGGAAUUCGCCUCAAAGGAAGCAUUCGAAUGGCUCUUGAGGAGGCCUAAAAUUGUGGAGGCCGCCGGUUUAUACACUCGAUUGAUUAAUGAUAUAGCCAGCUAUGAACGCGAACAAAAUGCAAGUGGAUUUCCAAGUUCAUCAAUUGAUUGCUACAUGAAGGAUUAUGGUGCAUCAAAAGAAGAAGCAAUGGCUAAGUUUCAUGAGCUCGCGGAGGAUGCAUGGAUGGAAGUAAAUAGGGAAUGGGUUUCUAUGAAGGGCAAGCCGAAGGAAUUUCUGAUGCUUGCAGUUAACGCUGUAAGGUUCUCAUUCAUAUGUUACAAUCAAGGCACAGAUGGACUUACAUAUUCGAAAACAGGGAUAAAGAAAUACAUAGAAGCAGCCAUAUUCAACCCCAUAGAAAUUGGUGAUUUAACGGCUUAGCUUGAAGAAGAAAAUCAAUCACCGAAAGCUCACAAACAGAUCGAGGCUCAAGACUAUAUACUCUAUUUUUUUCGAUGACACUAUCUACUGCCGAACUACCGGGAAUGGUUAUGGUGCUGAUUUAGAAAAUUCAGCACCGUAGAAAAUCAGCACCCAUAAUAUAUACAAACAACACAUGUUCUUAUUAUAUAAAAUACAUCUUGUGUGUAACAAAGAUAUAUGUUGUUUGUUCAUAAUUAUAUAUGUAUUAUAUAAAAUUAA